UUUUAACCCAUAACUUACAUCCAUCGCCUCCCUUAAUAACCUUAAAAUUUCCUUAAACCAUAGUUUUCUCUCUCGUUUGCCUAUUAACGGGGAGAGAGAAAGAAAGAAAGGAAUAACGCUCAGAGCAUCAGAUCAGGUUGUUAACUAUAUAUCAAGAUGCAGUCAGCCAACGGCCCUGAUCUGAACUCAAAACAACAACAACAGCCGCCACAGCAACAAAGCAGCCAGCAGCUGGAGCAGCAACAACCACAGCCACAGUGGGUCCCAAACCAGUGGAUGGGAGCCAUGCAAUACCCGGCGGCUGCUAUGGUAAUGAUGCAGCAGCAGAUGAUGAUAUACCCUCAUCAUUAUAUGCCUUACAAUAAUCAUCAUUUCCAAUAUCAACAAUAUCAACAGCAGCAGCAUCAACAAAAACACCAACAGCAGCAAAGCUACUUACAGAAACAGCAACAAGGAUCUAAUUCGGAUGAGGUUAAAACGAUAUGGAUUGGUGACCUUGUUCAUUGGAUGGAUGAAACUUAUCUUCACAGUUGCUUCUCUUAUACUGGAGAGGUUUCUUCUGUAAAGAUUAUACGCAAUAAGCAAACUGGUCAGUCUGAAGGAUAUGGAUUUGUGGAAUUUUACUCACGGGCAACAGCUGAAAAGGUUUUGCAACGCUAUAAUGGCUUUCUAAUGCCAAAUACAGAGCAGCCUUUUCGUCUGAAUUGGGCUUCAUUCAGUGUGAAUGAAAGGCGAUCCGAUACUGGUUCUGACCUAUCUAUAUUUGUAGGAGAUUUGGCCGCAGAUGUAACUGAUACAAUAUUGCAUGAAACCUUUUCUAGUAGAUUUCAAUCUGUCAAAGGAGCAAAAGUUGUUUUUGAUUCAAAUACUGGUCGUUCAAAAGGUUACGGUUUUGUUAGGUUUGGUGAUGAAAAUGAAAGGUCAAGGGCCAUGACUGAAAUGAAUGGUGUGCAUUGCACAAGUAGACCUAUGAUAAUUAGGGUUGCUACUCCCAGGAAAGCAUCUGGAUAUCAGCAACACUAUUCUUCACAAGCUUUGGUAUUGGCUGGUGGACAUGCAUCAAAUGGUAUUGUAGCCCAAGGUUCACAAUCUGAUAAUGACUCAAAUAAUGCUACUAUAUUUGUUGGAGGACUUGACUCAGAUGUUAGUGAUGAUGAUCUCAGACAACCUUUUUCACAGUUUGGUGAGAUCAUCUCUGUGAAAAUACCACCUGGAAAAGGAUGUGGGUUUGUGCUAUUUGCAAACAGGAAGAAUGCUGAGGAAGCAAUCCAGAGUUUGAACGGGACAACCAUAGGCAAGCAGACUGUCCGUCUUUCUUGGGGUCGCAGUAUAGGAAACAAACAGUGGAGAGCUGAUUCUGGUAACCAGUGGAAUGGAGGAUAUUAUCGAGGGCAGGGCUAUGGUGGUUAUGGCUACAGCUAUGCUACACCACCAAAUUAGGAUCCAAGCAUGUAUGCUGCGGCUGCUGUCCCCGGUGUUUCUUGAGAGGGGUGGUAUGACAAUUACCAAUGGCUUGUAAUCUGAUCUGGAGGGAAAAGUUAAGUUUAUUCAUCAGAUUCAUUAUUUAAGUAGGAUGGGUUUUGCUCGCGGCUUUAGCUGGAUCUUCAGGUUACAGAAUUUUGUAGCUGAAUUUCACUUUUAAAUCUCAGAGUUGUUUUAGAACUGAAUUAAUGUCAUUUACAAUUUUAAUUUUGCGCUUGAGAGGUGUUUUUUGAUGUGUCGGGAAGCUUAUCUUUUUUCUUUUAAUUGUUUAGAGUUGAAUUUACUGACAAUGAAAAUGGAUCAUGGGCUUAUAAUCACCGAUUUCUACAUGUUGGAGUUUGUAUUGUUACGGUGUUUGCAAGUUACAGUCUUUUACGGUAUGUUUGGAUUCAAGACAAGCGAAGAAAAGGAAACGAAAAUUAAGGAAAGUAA